AUGAUAAGAAUGUGCUUAAUUAGGCCCUAAUGCAUUUAAACUGAUACAUACGUUUGCAUAUUCAAGACACUGAUUGGUUUAAUUGAUUGAUUGGGACUGCAAAUUAAUCUCCAGGACAUGUUUUUUUUUUUUUUUUUUAAAAGUACUUCCUCUUCUUUCCCCCUCUCAAAAAAAAUGUUCUUGUUCUUUUUCUGUUUUUUUUUUGUCGUCAUGAGGAAGAAAUUGCAUAUUAAAGUUACAGUCUGGUCAUUUUUAAGAGUGGGAAACUUCUGACGUCAGAGUCACCGCCGUUUAAAACAACCUGCCUCUGCUGCUGACGUCUUUUAUACUACUUUUUUAUACGGGCAAAAAUAUGUAUCUGACAACAACAAAGUGAUUAUGAAGAAAAGCCUGUAAUUCAUUUAUCUAUUUCUAAAUAGACUUUUUAAAAAAGAAAAAAAGGGAGAGCUAUAGAAGAUUUUCUGCUUUUAUUUUUUUUAUUAUUUUUUUUUUGCCUUUGAAAAGAGCAUUUGAGUGGGGGGGCAUUUUUUCCACAAAUUAAACAUGCUACUCUGCUUCGCCCUAUAAGCAUCCUAGGAGCCUGUGCUUUACCAAUCAAUUGGUACAGUCAAACAGAGCUGCAGCCUCUCGCCUCAGAGUGGAGACCUUCAGUCUCGCUUUAUUUCUGGAUAUUGGGGGACCUCUCUACCAUGUCAUAUCCACAAUUUGGAUAUCCCUAUUCGUCUGCUCCACAAUUCCUGAUGACAACCAACUCUUUGACCACUUGCUGCGAGUCCACCGGCAGAUCCAUAGCCGACUCCGGAGUAGCGGCGUCCGGCCAGACUCCGGUCUACUGUCCGGUGUACGAGAGCCGGCUGCUGGCCACGGCCAGGCAUGAGCUGAGCUCGGCCGCGGCUCUGGGCGUGUACGGGAGUCCCUACAGCAGCAGUCAAGGAUAUGGGAAUUACGUUACAUACGGCACGGACGCCUCGGCUUUCUACUCGCUGGGCGCAUUUGACACUAAAGAUGCCACAGCUUCUGCGCAUGCGGGAAUAACCCAGGCAACAGCCUACUAUCCUUAUGAUCCAACCUUGGGACAGUAUCAGUAUGACAGAUAUGGUUCCAUGGACGGUGGAACGAGGAGGAAGAAUGCCACGCGUGAGACGACCAGCACCCUGAAGGCCUGGCUGCAGGAGCACAGGAAGAACCCGUACCCGACCAAAGGGGAGAAGAUCAUGCUGGCCAUCAUCACCAAGAUGACCCUGACGCAGGUCUCCACCUGGUUCGCCAACGCCAGGAGGAGGCUCAAGAAGGAGAACAAGAUGACGUGGCCGCCCAGGAACAAGGGCUCAGAGGAAAAGCGAUAUGACGAAGAUGAGGAUGGGUCUCAGGAGGAGCAGAUAAAGAGCGAGAACAACGAGGAUGAGACCAGGAGUCGUCCUGAUAAAGAUCUCCAGCUGAGCGACCUGGAGGACUUCGACACGCUGGAGUCAGAGAGCUCUGAGUGUGAGCUGAAGCACCGAUACCACAUGAACACACACAUGACGACGACGGGCGACUGCCCAGCAGAACACCUCAUCAAGGACGCGUCUCUGAAGAUCUCCAUCCCUGUUUCACUGGGAGGAGGAGGAGGAGGAGGGGAGCAGCAGGACACCUUGAGCAAAAGUUGUCUCAAAACUAACCAGCCGGAGGACUUCCAGCAGCAGGACAGCAGACAGCAGCAGGCAAAAGUGUGUUAUAACCAACAACAGCAGCAGCAGCAGCAAGGGCACCAGAUAUUAGACGGAAAGCCUCGGAUCUGGUCUUUGGCCCAGACUGCGACGUCCCUGAACCAGACUGAGUACCCGUCCUGUAUGCUGAGGUGCCAGCAGCCUCCAUCCUCAUCCUCCCUCACCCCAUCACCCGCCGCUACCUCACCUGUCUCCGGCCUGGACAACAACAGGCAGGACUCGCCGGUCACGACCCUGAGAAACUGGGUGGACGGGGUCUUCCACGACCCCUUGUUCAGGCACAGCACUUUGAGCCAGGCUCUGACCAACACCACCGUCUCUUGGACCACGAACACCAAAGGCGCCAACGUGCUGGAGGCGGAGAGGAGCGCAUCGCAGCAGCAGCAUCAGCACCACCAGGACUCCUCCAAAGACAGUGCCACCAUGAGUUUCCCAAAAACUAUCAACAAACUUUUCUGCUCCUAACAAAACCAAAAUGAAAACCUUUUAUUUGAGAAAGAGAAAGAGAGAGAGAGAGAGAGACUCUUUGUGACUGACUGACUGACUGAAAGUCGGAUGGAAAAGCCUAUUUCGUGGCCAUGAUCUUAUUUUAUUCUCUUUUUUUUUUUUUUAAAGCAAUGGUAGCUAUAUACUGUUACAUUGGCGUUAAAUAUCCGGAUCGGUUUUGGCUUAUUUAAUUUUUACGCACGCACAGAACUUUAACGAAAUGUAUAACUUAAAAGUUUACAUCUUUUUUGGGGGGGGGGGAAAUAGGUUUACAUGUUUUUUUCUUUUUUGAUUUUUUCUUUACUAUGCGCAUGCAAAUGUAAUUGAAUAUGAUUUAGCUCUCAGCAGUUGAGUAUCACUAUUAAAAAAGAAGAAAAAAAAAAGUCUCACAAAUGCACAGCUCUCUUAAGAAGUGGAGGAGAGCGUCUCAACUACUUUGUUCACUUGAAAAUAAAAAAAAGCAGUCGAGUUUCUGAGGAGAUUGUUGGUGCUGAGUUGCUGUCCAUGGUGCUGAAAUACUCCAAUCCAUCCUAUGGGGCCUUUUGCUGUUCUUCCUUAGCCAUGUUAUUUUUUACAUGUCCACUCUAAUACAACUAGAAUACAUGGGGUAGAGAGGAACCUUUUUAAUCGCAAUCCACAGUUAAAUAAAGCAGUUUUAUCAUUUAAAUUCAUUCUUAACCCAUUAAAACAGGCGCAAUCGAACAUCUCCCCCACCCAUGUGUUAUUUUUCAUAAAAAAAAACACAUCCACUCUUGUUUAAUGACAAGUGA